AACGGAUUCACAGAUGACCCUGGUUCUGCCUGAAGCUGAAUUUAAAGCCAUCUGACCAGCAGAGGGUGGUAAAAUUUCACUUUUAAGUAAAGUAGCGCAAAUUGUGCUGAAUGGAAUCCCCUGACUUGUUUGGCAAACUCAUAUUAUGGGAACAUUUCACUGGAUUUACCAGCACAGGCCGCAUUAUUUGAUUACUCUCAUCUUUGGGAGAUCCUCGAACCUUGAACUAGAACUACCAGCAACUCGUAAGCCCUUCUGUGGUCAAAAACAGUAAGUUGACACUUCCACAAGUGGGUUGGCCACCUGAAUUAACAGCACGCCAAGCCCCCGAAAUAUGUCUGCAGAGCGGAUGUCAAGAAAAAACAGAGCAUUACCUCAGUCCUGUGUCACUGUUCAGACACAGAGAAGAGACUGCUCUGAUCGGACUGCUACACCAUUCACUCCUUUGGGAUCUCAGGUUUCUUGCCAGCUCAUCUGGUUGCAAUGGGAGGGAACACAACUGAAAAUAACCCAACGAAUCUCAGCAUAGGUCUCCGUGCCUACCUGCUGGUUAUCCACACCGUGACGCUGUUUGGUGGGACCCUGGGGAUCGUCUUCAUGGUCAGAUUCCUGAGGCGGAGCAAGAACAAGCUCUCCAUCACCACCACCAUCAUCAUCAACCUGAUGAUGGUCCACGGCCUCUUCCUGCUGACCGUGCCCUUCCGCAUCGACUACUACGCCACCAACACCUGGCGCUACUCUUUCGAGUUCUGCAACCUGGUGAACAUCGCCAUCCACACCCACCUCUACAUCUCCUUCUUCUUCUACGUGGCCAUCCUGGCGGUGCGCUUCCUGCCCACGCGAGACUGCCACCCCCUGACAGCUUUCGUCACCAGCGUGGCAGUCUGGAUCGUCUUCACGAUCACCAUUUUCCCGCCUCUCUUGCUGAACUACGGAAAACGGGGGAACUACAACAAAUCACAGUGCUUCCAGUUCCAUGUCGAGAUCAAGGAAUACGUGAAGUGGCUCGACAUCAUCAUAGCCACCAUGGUGAUACUGAUCUCUGCGGUCAUCAUGACAAUACAAAUGCUGUUUCUGGCCAAGGUGGCCCAGUCCAACCCGGGAAACCUGUUCUCGCAGCAGGAAUUCCGGGCCCAGCUGAAAAAUCUGACCUUCCUCGCCUUCUUGGUUAUGUGCUUCCUGCCGUACCAUGCCUUCAGAAUCUACUAUGUGCUACACGUCGAUGGCAGGAACUCCAGGCACAAUGAGAUCUACCUGUCCCGCACAACGCUGUGCUGUCUGGACCUACUCACUUUCUUGGCCAUUUAAGGGGGAAUGGAUGUCUUGGAGUUGUGUAGCCCUGUCUUAAAGUAUACAUAUGUGCAGCUUAAAUAGCAUUUGUGGCAUACUAUUGCAUAUUCUUCCAGUUCAGCCUGUUGUGCUCAUUCAGUCUAAUCAUGGCACUGAUCUUACCUUUUGUGAAUCUGGUGUGAAUAUGACCUUGUUCAUAGAUGGGGCAGAAAUCAAUAUGCAAUACAAAUAAUUGCAAUGACAAUGUUGGAUUAACAAAAUCCAAGCUGCUUAACAACUUUUCAUUACUUCUUAUGAGUUUCAGGACUACCAUCUUGACCAAUGAAAAUAAUUGAGGGUGUUGAUGGCAAUUUCUCAUACUAAUGAUCUAAAGAAGCUCAUGUCAUUUGUGUUUAUUUUCCUUCAAUCUUCAUAGAACUUUUGCAUCAGAAUUAAAAUGUUUAUGAAAAUAACAAAAUAUUAAAGUGGUGUCCACGCAUAUAGUGUAUGUUGUAAAAAUAAUAAACUUACUUCAGUAUUUCAAAUUAAAUUUGGUAAUUAACAUAUGGUACAUUGCAUCAACCAUGAACUUGA